GACACAUGCUCGCAGUCUUGCAGGCCGUAGGUGGGAAAAAAAGAGGAGGGCGUGUGUGACUGUGUGUAUCCCCAGGGCCAGGCUCUCAGUGAUUCAACCAUACAUUCAAACAUGUGGUUUGUGGCCUUUUCGUCGCCUUAACUGAGUCGUGCGGUCCUCUAUAAGAGCCACAGCCUGCAGUGUAUCAGUACAAGAAGGCAGACGUGGAAAAGGGGAGAUAGAAGGAAAAAAAAAAGGCUUCCAUGGAUUCCCUCUCCCUGUAUGACAUCUCUUGCUUUGCUGCAGGUUCCGCAGGCAACAUCUUUGCCUUCGCUCUCUUCCUGUCACCAGUGCCGACGUUCAAGAGGAUUCUGAAAGCCAAAUCAACGGAGCAAUUCGAUGGGCUCCCUUACCUGCUGUCCCUGCUCAACUGCUUCAUCUGCCUGUGGUACGCGCUCCCGUGGGUCUCCGACGGCAGGCUCCUCGUCGCCACCGUCAACGGCACCGGAGCGGUGUUCCAGCUCGCUUACAUUUCCCUCUUCUUCAUCUACGCCGACAGCAGAAAGACACGGCUGAGGAUCAUAGGGCUCCUGGCGCUCCUGGUUUGCGCGUUUGCGGUGGUCUCGUACGGGAGCCUCGCUUUCUUUGACCAGCCGCUCCGGCAGCAGUUCGUUGGCGCCGUGAGCAUGGCAUCGCUCAUCUCCAUGUUUGCUUCCCCACUAGCCGUCAUGGGCGUGGUGAUUCGGACCGAGUGCGUAGAGUUCAUGCCGUUCUACCUGUCCCUCUCUACAUUGCUGAUGAGCGCAUCAUUCGCGGUAUAUGGGUUUCUGCUGCGUGAUUUCUUCAUCUAUUUGCCUAAUGGGCUUGGAGUUGUCCUGGGAGCAACGCAGUUGGUACUGUACGCUUACUACAGCAGGAAAUGGAGAUGCAAGGAUUCAUCUGCGCCGUUGCUCGCCUGAUCAAACAUGAAGUGAUCAAUCAUUGUUUUCGUUUUGUUAGGACUCUGAAAGAGUGGGUUUCUAGCUGAGGUUCUGUAGGAGAGUACUGCAACCCAGUUUGGGCGCCGUAGUUGGUGUGGUGGAUAUCUGUUUGUACAGUUAUAUACCAGAUUGUCUCUGUUCAUAUAUAGCUGAACCAUCAUUCUUUUUUAAUAUAAAUACAAAUGAGAAAUAUGUCAUUUGAUUC